GAUAAUCAUUGAUUAUGUGAGACAAAGUAUGCGCGACUUAGUUCUAAGACCACCCAUUCCCGAAGAUAUAGGUUCUGCACGAUGUGUGGUUUCAGCUGAUAUUAUAAAAAAGAGGAGAUUAUUAGUUGGACAAUGGGUCCGAAUAGAUUCUGUAUCAGUUUCAUUGUACUGUCGUAUAUGGCCAGCUUCGAUACCGGCUGGUAUAAUUCAAGCUGAUAAUUUCAUAAGUAAAAAUGUAAAAUCAUUAGAUAGAUCGAAUUUAAACAAUUUAUCAUGCUCAUUAGUUUCUUUAAGAAUUCCUCUGCAAAAUGUUAAAGAAGUUGUGGUCUCCAUUAAACUUCAUAAUUUCGAGGGACGAAAUCAAGAAUUAAAGCAAUUACAUGAAUUAGGUUUUGUGUGGAAGAAAGGAUCGGAUUUUAUUAGGUUACAGACCAUUAGAAAUAUAUUAAACGGGAAAUUAAUAUGUGAUGAAUGUAUCAUAUUUGAUGAAAGACGUCAUUUGGAAAUAAAAAUUCUUGCGACAUCUCCAAGUGACGAAUCACUUUUUACAAAUGAAAGUCAAAUUUCAAUUGUCGACACUUUAAAUAAUAAAAAUAUACAUAGUUUUGAUAAUGAAAUUGGUCAGAUAUCGUCAUCAUUACAAAGUGUUUCAUUAGAAGAAAAUUUUACUAGGAAUGUUCCUGGGCUCGAAAAGGCUUUUGAAACACUUUUUGAAGUCGUUGUUUAUCCAUUAUUAUAUCCAGAUUUAAUACAAAAGUUGAAGAUUGAAUGCCCAAAAGGUGUGUUACUUUAUGGGCCAUCUGGUGUUGGAAAAACAUAUCUAGUUAGCACAAUUGCAAAAGCUUGCAAUGCAAAGAUGAUUUCAAUACGUGGACCUGAUAUAUUUGGGUCUUAUGUUGGAGAAAGCGAGGCAAGGCUGAGAAAUAAGUUCUCUCAAGCAAAAAAAAUGAUAUCUGAGGAAGAUGAUCCAAUAAUUCUUUUUAUUGAUGAAUUGGAAGCUAUAGCAUCACAUCGAGAAGAAGCACGAUCUCACGAAUCUCACGUUGUUGCUCAGCUUUUAACGUUGAUGGAUGGCAUUGAGUCACGCGGAAGAUUGAUUGUUAUAGCAGCAACUAAUCGACCUAAUGUUAUUGAUCCAGCUUUAAGAAGACCUGGGCGAUUCGAUCGGGAAGUAGGUGUUGAUGUUCCAAAUGAAAAGGCACGCCAAAGAAUAUUACGGUUUCAAACAUCACAAAUGCCACUUGAAAAUGAUGUUGAUGUUGGUUUUUUAGCUUCUAUAACUAAUGGAUAUGUUGGUGCUGAAUUAGCUACGUUAUGUUGUGAAGCUGCAAUGAAUGCAGUUAAUCGUCGCAUUUCCAAUACUUCUAGAGAUAAAUUUAAAAAGUCUACGUUUAAUAUUACCAUGGAUGAUUUUAUGGUGGCGAUGUCACAUGUUUCACCUUCAAUAAAACACAAUUAUCAAGUGAAUUUUGAAGAGAAAAACUGGGACGAUAUUGGUGGAUUAGAUACGGUUAAAAAACAAUUAAAACAGGCAAUUGAAUGGCCAUUACAAUAUAACAAUACAUUUAAAAAACUAGGAUUAAAACCUCCAAAGGGAAUUCUUUUGUAUGGGCCGCCUGGAUGCAGUAAAACUACAUUAGUCAAGGUAAUAGCCAGCGUUUCAGGUGCAAUGUUUUUAUCUGUUAAUGGAGCUCAACUUUAUUCUCCUUACGUUGGAGAUUCCGAAAAAACAAUUCAAUCUAUAUUUCAACGUGCACGUGCUUCAAAUCCAUCUAUUAUUUUUUUCGAUGAAAUUGAUGCUAUUGUUGGAAAAAGAUCUUUGGGUGAAGGAAAUAGGAAUGGAUAUAGUGUUCAAGAAUGUGUUUUGUCCAUGCUACUCAAUGAAAUGGAUGGAAUUGAAAUUGCAACAUCAAUUCUUGUAGUAGGUGCAACAAAUCGACCAGAUAUGCUUGAUGCAGCUCUUUUACGACCCGGACGGUUUGAUCGUCUUAUAUAUGUUCCACCUCCAGAUUUUAAAUCACGUAAACAAAUUUUAAAGAUACAUACUUCCAAUAUGCCAUUAAAUGAAGAUGUAGAUUUAGAUUUUAUUGUUAAACAGACUGAAAUGUAUACAGGUGCGGAUAUUAAAAAUUUAUGUAGAGAAUCUGCAAUGAUAGCAUUACGCAGAAAUAGAGAUAUUUCAGAUGUGAAUAUGUCUGAUUUUUUGAGAGCUUUAAAAAUUACAAAAGCUUCAUUAACUGCCGAAACCUUAGCAUAUUACGAAAAAUUAUUUAAAUUUGGGAUAAAUUAGUUUAUGUUUUAUUACUCAUGAAAAUUUGAUUCAUAUUUUCAGCAAUGUUUAAUAAUCAAAAGCUUUCUCUUUUAUUAAAAAUAUAUGAGCUUCAAGAUACUUUUUAAAAAUAAAGGGGCAUUAUAUUACAGAGAAGCAUCUCAAAUGCUCAGAUGCGGUGUUAUAGUGUAGAUCACAAGAUCAUGCAUUAUUUGACCCCAAAAUUGUUGAUACCCCAGUCAGUUAUUAUAAUACGUGAUCUGCAUGAUCAUACUAUAAAAAAUUAUUAUUCAAACAAAUUAAAAAGAAUUAAAUAGGAAAACAAAAUUAAUUAAUUAAUUAUAUAAAAGAAAAAAACUCUAUUCUCAAAUA